AUGAGCAACCUUUCCAUUAUUGACGAAUUUGUGCUUCUGGGACUAUCCAGUGAUCCACAUAUUCAGCCUCUGCUCUUUGUCCUCUUCCUGGGGAUCUACCUCCUGACUCUGAUGGGAAACCUGAUGAUGAUUCUGGUGAUCAGGGCUGAUUCCCACCUCCAUACGCCCAUGUACUUCUUCCUUGGACAUUUGUCAUUCCUAGAUAUAUGCUAUUCUUCAGUCACUGUGCCCAAGAUGCUGCAGAACUUCCUAUCUCAAAGGAAAGCCAUCUCGGUUCGGGGCUGUAUCACUCAGAGUUUCUUUUUCAUCCUUUCUGGUGGCACCGAGGGCUGUUUGCUCUCCGCCAUGGCCUAUGACCGCUAUGCUGCUGUCUGCCACCCUCUGCUCUACACCAUGAUCAUGAACAGACCUCUCUGCACUGCGAUGGUCACUGCAGCAUGGGCCAUGGGGUUUCUGAACUCACUCGUGAAUAAUCUUUGCGUCCAGAACUUACAGUUCUGUGGCCCCAACAUCAUCUCCCACUUCACCUGUGAGCUCCCGUCACUCUUCCCCCUGUCCUGUACUGAGCCCCUGGUGAACACCAUUCUGCUAGCUGGGUCGACUGCAUUCCUAGGACUCGUGACGCUGCCCCUGAUCCUCUUCUCUUACUCAAAAAUAAUGUUUGCCAUUCUAAGUAUCUCCUCCUCUGGGGGGCAAGGCAAAGCCUUCUCCACCUGCUCCUCCCACCUCACCGUGGUGCUGCUGUUCUACGGGACAGCUCUGUUCAGGUACAUCAGUCCCCCAUCAGGGUCAGUCCUCGAGCGGAUCAUUUCUAUACAGUAUGGUGUGGUCACAUCGCUGAUAAACCCCCUCAUCUACAGCCUCAAGAACCAAGAGGUGAAGGCGGCCCUGCAGAGGAUGCUGAGGCGAUAG